GGUCCUCUUGUGGCCGGAGCUUCGCGCUUCUAUCUUAUCUGGGCCUGUAUGGGAUCAUUAUAGAUGUUCGCCGGGCCUUCUUUCUCGUGCAGUUGUAGAACUCACUCGUUAUGUUUGGACAUAUACCCUUUUAUCUGUAGUACCACGCGUGAUCCGCAUACACGACAGGUUGCACCGUGCCCGCUGACCAUCUCAGCAAGGACAAGGUUCAAGAAGGUGUACACUCUUGUUAAACUACCGAGGUGGCAUCGUGUUCGAUAUAUCACGAUCGUCUUGGACAGACCAUGACUUGCUCCUACGCCCACAUCUCAACGCACACCUGCUCACAGAACAAUGGCUCCCGCACGCCAUGAGCGAUACUACUUCGACGAUGGCAGCCUGAUCUUCCUGGCAGAGGAUACGUUGUUCAACGUGCAUCGAUACUAUUUCCAGCGCGAUUCGCCCGUUUUUCAGGCGAUGUUCUCGCAGUCAUCGUCGUCCGGUGAAGGAAAGUCGGAUGACAAUCCGAUCGUUCUUGAAGGCAUGAAGAGCGCCGAUCUAUCCUGUUUCCUGUCCUGUAUAUACCCGAUCAACUACGGGCAAGGCGAUCUAACGACGUACGAGGAGUGGGCGGCGGCCCUCGAACUGGCUGUCAAGUGGGAGUUCGACCGCAUUCGCGACUUUAUUGUGCAGCGCAUCAAGGAUACAGGAACACUGGCCGAGCAGAUCGUUACCGCGCGUCGGUUGAAUUUGCAGCAAUGGUGCUGGGACGCUUGCGCGAAGCUUUGCGAGAGGAGACAACCGUUGACUCUGGAAGAAGGACAGCGCCUGGGCGUGGAGGAUACAGUCAGGAUUUCUCAAGUGCGCGAGAAGCGACGCGUAGGUUCGAAAUUUCGAGGGCCUGGAAGGUGUGAAUAUUACGAUGAGUGGCAAGACCCAUGGGAAUUAAGUUCGAUCUCACUCGCCGCCGACGACGUGCAGUACUACGUCAAGGAAACACUUCAUUUACCUGAACUUCCUUUCAAUCUCUCACCAAAAUAUGGUGGCUUAUGAUCGAUGACGGACGACAACUACUUCAUAGUGGUUUGCGUAUCACGCGCAGACAUGGCCAUUUGCAGGCACGACUCUACAUCUGCUGAAUACUA